AGAAUGAUGCUGGUGAAAGCCGAGCUGGAUCUCAUCACCGACAUGCUGGAGCUCCUCGACGACCACAGCUUCACCGAGACCCACCAGAGGCCCCUGGCCUUGCUCACCCAAGCCCAGGAGGACCUGCGAGUCUGUAUGGCCACGGAGGCUCCUUCGCAUCAGCCCUCCAAGAAGCUGAGACACUGGCUGCAGAAGCUGCAGAUAGCCAAGAAAACGGAGACCACGAGCUGCCUGACGUCCUCUGCCAUCUUCCACCUCUUCCAAGUGUUGGAUGACCUGCGGUGCGCAGCCGGACAGGAGCCAUGCGCUUAGUCCCCGCCGGCAGCGUGGCUGGCAUGGCACGACAC